UGUGUAUUAAAUGGAAUGCCCAUUCUGAUAUCACUCAAUGUUGUUAAUCUCUUAUGGAUAUUUCAGGAUAAUGGUCCUAAUGCAGAAGUCCUUCAGGAGCUCAGUGAAAAUGAUCUUCAUGGCUUGGAAACGGAAGAAAUUCUUCGACAUAUUUCUGAUCCAUCUUUUGAAUUGGAAAGUAUAUUUGCUGUCAUUAAUAAUAAUAAUGGAGAAACCAGCAAUAAAAGUGAAGAUCUUUCAAUGCUCCAACAACAACUUGAAGAAGAAUUAGGGCAAAAUUUCCCGACCAAUGACACUCUCCUUCCUUCCAACAUUAUUAAAGAUGAAGUCAUAGUCUUAGAUAAUACAUGUGACAGUACAAGAGGAGAUCCCAGAGAAGAAGAAUUAAUGGCUGAAGCCCUACUACAGGGUGAAGCUAAAACAUUGCUACACAAUAUUCUUCAGCCUACCUACUCUAUUUACGCCCCUCCAGGUUCAUUACCACCCAGUCCAGCAGAUAGUGGUGUGUCUGAUGUUGACAGUAGUAGCAGCCAUCUAAGUAAUGAAGAAACAAAACCUCGAUUACUAGGAGCACCUUCAGUUGCACCUUCAAGGACAACCGAAUCUCCUAGUCCAUUGUCUUACGUCACGUCCUAUGGUCAGUGCAAUAACCAACAAAAUCCCAAUGCACUCACAGUCCCAGUGUACCCUGGUCAAUCUCAGGCUCAUUAUAGGCACCAUCGGACAAGUAUUCCUCAUUCGCACCAUCAACAACAACCACCACAACAACAUCACCAUCAUCACUCACAGCAGCAGCAGCAACAACAACAACAACAUUUACAACAACAACAGCAGCAGCAGCAAUCUGCACAGCAUUACAUGGACACUUCUCAAAAGCCUCACACAACAUACAGUAAUUUGUCACCAACAUCAUCUCAUCAUGUUAGUCAUCACCUUGGUCACUCUCUGCAUACCAACUCUAUCUCUCAGCUACAAGUUCACCUUUCUGGUCAUCAUUCUCACAUGGGCCACUCAUUGCACUCUGCAGCAGCAUCAAUAUCUCAGUUGCUAUCUGGUCCACAAGUAUCCAGUACAACACCCUUGGCACUAACCAGAAAUAACAAUUCUCCUUCCUCAUCUAUUUCACCUCAUCAGCCAGCCAUUCCAACCUCUGUAAUAACUCAUAGUAGUCCUUGUGGCCUAGAUUUAGAUCCAGCUUCCUAUGUGGAAGACUUAUCUUACCAAGCUAGGAUGAAAAAGAAAAGUCGAAAAUCGAAGAAUCCAGAUGGGUCACCUGCUGUAAAAAGAAAAAGUAGAGAAGGAUCAACUACAUACCUCUGGGAAUUCUUGUUAAAACUUCUUCAAGACAAAGAAUAUUGCCCUCGAUAUAUAAAAUGGACGCAUAGAGAGAAAGGAAUUUUCAAGUUAGUUGACUCUAAAGCUGUGUCUAGGCUAUGGGGUCUUCAUAAAAAUAAACCCGACAUGAACUAUGAAACAAUGGGAAGAGCUCUUAGGUAUUACUACCAACGUGGAAUUUUAGCGAAAGUUGAUGGACAACGUUUAGUAUACCAAUUUGUUGAAGUACCAAAAGACAUUAUAGAAAUUGAUUGUACGGGAGCAUGAUGUAUAGUCCCUGUGAAUUUGUGUAUUCCAGAAGACAAGGGACUCCUCUUUUAUAUUGAUAUGAACUUCUUUUAAGCUUUUGGAAUCUACUAAACUUUGAAUUAUUUUUCUACCAGGGAAACUUUGCUUCCUGACAUGGAUGUACACAUUAUUUAUUCGCCCAUGAUUUUUACAUCAAUUUAUUCCAAAACUGACUUAUUUUUCAAGAAUUGAAAAUAAUUUUUUUGUAAAAUACAUUUAUCUAGUUUAUCAGUGAAAACUAGAUUCUCAUGGUGAUUGGUGUAAAUGAGGAACACCAAAUUGUUUGGACGUCCAUUUGUUACUUGUUAUAUAGAAGAAAUUCUGAAUAUAGUCUAUAAUUAUACUAUUUGUGAAAUAUAUAUCUUUUUAUCGUUAAAUUUUUAAGAAAUUUGGAUCUUUCAAAGGCAUACUGAACUUAAAUAUUUGUUUUUAUAAUUAUGUUCAAUUUUUAUUUAAGACGAAUACCCUCCUCAAAAGCAUUUUCUACAUUUAUAAUUCAAUCUUAGUUUUUUGUUCAAUUCAAUUCUAUAUUUUGUAAAUAACAGUUUUUUAAAUUUUAUUUUAAAAACAUCUUUUAAAUAUUGUUAUUAGUUAGUUACUUUUAAAGAUAAUGAGUAAAUAUUUUUAGUUGUAUCAUCUAAAGCUCUUCAGUAAUAAGGUUUAAAAGAUAAGAAUUUUUUUUUCACUUGCACAUCUGUGAACAAAAUUUCAAGCUUCUUAAUGAGGUAAAACAGAUUCUGAACAAUUCGAAGAAAUAUUAAACUAUUGAUAUAUGGUUCUAAUGAGCUUUUAACUAUUAUAUUCACAUGUGGUUCUCGAAAUAAUUUUUUUUUUACUUUUGAAUUAAAUGUUUACUAGUGUUUAACUGUAUAACUACAUUCUUGUCAAAAAAUAUCUGCAACUUUUUUUUAAAUGUAUGCUAAUCAAAGCAUUUUUCGAUUAUAAUGGAGACAGGAUAGGAUGACCUAAUGUUCUGGAAUAUGUAAUUAGGUAAUGGGAAUCUAAACAAAGUUAUAUCUAUAUUUGCAGGCUUCAAAAAUGAAAAUAAAAAUGUAUGCUUGUUAAGAGUCACAAAUUAAUAUUUAAAUAAGGAAAAAAUUAAUUUGUGUUCUUGAAAUUUGUUAAAUAUAAAUUAAUAUUGGCAAGUUUACAGAUUGAUGUGAGAGGCUUGCAGGUGUUUUUAAUUAUCAUCCCCCUCCUUUGUCAACUAUCAUAUUUCAAUGAUAUUUUUGUUUCUUUUUUGUAUAUUAGUUUGCAACUGCUAAUUUUCUUCACUUUUUUUUUAUUUGAAUUUUUGACAAGGAUUUUAAAGCUAUGUGAUACACCUUGAUAUUAAAAAUAUA